AUGCUCGAAUUCCGCCACUAUGCUUCGAUCGCCAUGCUUUUGGUUGGUUUAUUUUCAAAUUAAAUCCGAAAAAUUCUACUUAAGGUGUCCCUUUUUGGCACGGCUUCGAAUUUAUUGGCGAUUUUGGUGAUUUUCAAAAAUUCGGCUUUGAAAAACUCGUUCGGCGCCUUGUGCUUCUCCCACUGUUUGGCGAAUUUGGGAGUCUUGAUCAUUUUUGGGAUUUGGGCGGCCCCGAUGAACUUUUUGUGAGUUUUUUGUUUUUGGAAGCAUGGCUAAAUGGUAGAGAGCUGGCUUGUCAUUGGAUGGGUCACGGGUUCGGAUCCUCUUGACGUUUUAUAUGGAUUUUUGCCGUUUUUCUGGAGCGUUAAACAUUUUUCCCUUUAUUUGACCCUUAAGGGAUCUCUUGGACUCCUGAAUGGAUCACUUUAGGGUUUUUUUUCAGUAUCGAAAGUGCAAAAGAAGUCGCCCCAAGCUUCGCUGAACAGAGAAUCGGACAGGUCUAUUUUUUUCCCUCGGAGCAAAAAAAAAUUUGAUAUUUUUUUCAGGUUUGCCUGUUCUUCUACAAUGUUGGCCUCCUGUCCCACCUUUCCGUUUCAAUAAACCGCUUCGCCUUUAUAAUUUUCCCCACGAAAGUGACACAACCUGGCCGCAUUUGGAAUGGCUAAUAUAUGCUUUUAGGCUCCCCUAGUACUGGGCCGACGGAAAACUGGCUGGAUCAUUAUUUUUAUUUGGAUAAUCUCAAUCUUUGUAGUACUUCCUGUGUCUUCCGGUGAGUUUGGCGGCAUUUGGAAUGGCUUAAGUUUGCUUGAAUUGCCGCAUCGCUUUGAGCCAUUCCAAAUGGCGAAAUAUAGUGCGACAUAAAUAUUGAAACACUUUUGAAAUUUCAUAUUUUUCUUGGAAUCGACCGAUUUUUUCGAAUUUUCGAGCUAUUUUGAUUUUCUAGACACGUGCUCCUUCACAUUCGCCCCACAUAAUCUCCAAUGGGAGUAUUCGGACACGAUUUGCGGCCGAACCUAUUCCAAAUUCCUCGAUUUUGUUUAUGGAAUCACUGUCGUUGGACUAAUGGUCAUCUUUGAUGUGAUUACUUUGACCAAACUCCACAGGACCAAUGAGGUUUCUUUUGAGUUUUUCCUCAAGUUCGAGAGAAUUUUUUGAAGAUCUGGCACACGAAAAAUGUCCAAAGUACUUCGAGGAAAGUGAGCAACGUCAGGAGGAGCGCGGAAGUUCGCCUUUUUGCCCAGGUUUGACUGAAAAUUGAGUUUCUCGAGAAUUCUAGUGUAAUUACUACUCUUAUAAGAAUGAAAAAUGUGAACUCAAAUUUUAAAAAGUUCGUAUCUCGAUCUGCGUCAUAAAUAUUGACUCAGCUUCGAAAUGUAUAAUGUCGUUGAGAGUUUAUUGAAAUGUGUGUUACUAACGUGCGCAAGACUGUUUUGGUCGGGUGCACUGAUAUGUGAAGUAAUAUUUGGCCAUACCACAGCCGCUAAGCUUUUAUCCAUUCCAAACGCAAAUCUAAGUUUUCAAAAAAAUAUAUCCACACUUUCUGCGUCAUAAAUAUUGACUCAGCUCCGAUGUUUUAUCAUUUUUGUGGGAGUGGAUCGAGGUAUCUGAUACUAACUUGCGCAAGUCGGUUAUGGUCGGGUGCACGGAUAUGUAAAUUAAUAUCUGGCAUGACUACAGCCGCUAGGUUCAUCCAUUCCAAGUGCGAAUCUAAGUUUUUGAAAGUAAAGCGAAUUUUCUGCGUCAUAAAUAUUGACUCAUCAUCGAAAUUUUGUUUUUUUUGUGAGAGUUGAUCGAGGUGUCUUAUAAUAACCUGCGCAAGUCGGUUAUGGUCGGGUGCACGGACAUGUAAAAUAAUAUUUGGCUUUACCACAGCCGCUAGGCAUUAAUUCAUUCUAAGUGCGAAUCUAAGUUUUUAAAAAAAAGCGACACUUAGUGCGUCAUAAAUAUUGAAUCAGCUUCGAAAUUUUAUCAUUUUUGUGUGAGUUGAUCGAGGAACCUGAUACUAACCUGCGCAAGCCGUUUAUGGUCGGGUGCAUGGAUUUGACUAUACCACAGCCGCUAGGCGUUAAGCCAUUUCAAGUGCGAAUCUUAGUUUUUGAAAAUAAGACGACACUUGGUGCGUCAUAAAUAUUGACUCAAAUGGAAAGCCUUUGCAAAAAAAAAAACCCGACUUCUCUGCGCUCUAUUUCAUUUACAUGCUUUUUCUUAUGCUUCUCAAUGGUGACAGAAAAGAGAGCGCAGGCAGGUCAGACUGUGAAUGAAGUAUGCAUUUUCCAGGCCUGUAUUCAAGGAUGCCUCUUGGGAUUCGUUAUCAUCAGCUUUCACUUCAUUUCGAGACUCAGCAACGCCGAAUAUUACUUUUUCCUGACCACGACUCUAGUUUGGCAGCUUUUCCACGCACUCGACGGGUCUCUUUUUCUGGGAUUUGUCACGUUUUUUCUGCAAAAAUAUCGAGUUUUGUGUUGAUUUCUCCCAAGACUCGGUGAAUGUACCCGAGUUUAUAUUAUUUUUGUUGUAGAUAAGAGAAAUUUCUCACGAGAAUCGCUCGUUCCCAAGUGAUUUCUUAUCGAAAGUCUAAAGUUUAUAUACUCUUUUUUUAGCUUUUCCGAAUAGUUUUCACAUGAUUCGAAGGUUUCUCAGGAAUAUGGCAUCAAAAAGCAACAAAAAAAUAUAUGAUAGAAAAUUUCACCACCGUAGUGUUGAGCUUCUAUUGGAUGGAUAGAAAUGAAAUUUAAAAAACUUACAAUUUUUCAGCUUCGUCGUCAUCUUUUUCCACUUUAAGUUGGCCAUUCUGAAAAGGAAAAUCUCGUUGUCAGUCGUCAAGUCCAGUGAUAACAAGGCGAAGGUUCGUAUCUUCUUGAAAAAAAAUGGCAAAAAAGUUUUUUCUCAUCGGGGAUCGAACCUUGGUAUCAAAACUCCUAAACGGUUUCUUUACAAACUGCGCCAUAUCUCAGUUUUUCCUAGACCUUUCAUUUUAUGGUCGUCGUUACAAUAAUCAGACCGAGAAGAUUUUUUAGUGCAACGGAAAAAAUGGCAAAAAAGUUUUUCUCACCGGGGAUCGAACCUUGGUAUCAAAACUCCUAGACGGUUCCUCUACAAACUGCUCCUUGAACCUAUUUCUGUAUAGUCGUCGUUAACAAUAAUCAGACCGAGAAGAUUUUGUAGUGCAACGGAAAAAAUGGCAAAAAAGUUUUUUCUCACCGGGGAUCGAACCUUGGUAUGAAAACUCCUAGACGGUUCCUCUACAAACUGCGCCAAUCUCCUUGAACCCAUUUCUGUAUAGUCGUCGUUAACAAUAAUCAGACCGAGAGGAUUUUUCAAGUAAACGGAAAAAAUGGCAAAAAAAGAUUUUCUCCCCGGGGAUCGAACCUAUGUCUCGAAGUUCAAAGACAAGCCCUCUACCGACUGUGCUAUAUCUCAAUUUUUAGAACUCGCCGAGUGUCGUCAAACGGGACAUUCAUCGGCUCAGCACCGUCUCAAUACUCAGCCAAGUCAUGUAA